AUGGUGAGAAACUAUCUCUUCUUCCUCGAUCCCCUGCUCCUGCUCCUGCUCCUGCUCCUGCUCCUGCUCCUGCUCCUGCUCCUGCUCCUGCUCCUGCUCCUGCUCGAUCUCCUCCUCCUCCCUCCUCCUUCUCAUCAUCCUGCUCAUCAUCCUGACUACGAUGAAAACCAAGAUCUUGUUCCGGCCUGGAAAGCUUUCUUCGACGGCCGGUCGCUCGACGACAAGCACACUGACAUCCUGCUGUCUUCCUGCCUUGUACGAUACAACUACUCUACAACCUCUGUUGAAAUUCCUUCCACACAGGUCCUUGCAUGCUGGAAUGCUGAGUUCUCAGUGGAGCAAGGAGAAGCCGGCAACUACUGGGAGGCCCUCCACUACAUGCUCUACGGCACUGGCGUCCAAAACUUCCUCAUCCUCCACAUGAUUAUUCUUUGCCUCUUUCCUCAUAGAAGAAGACUGUGCGCUAUCACGGUAUAUCUGCGAUUGAACUUCGUCGUCGUGGCCUCUUGCCUCGCUGUCGAUAUCUUCUUGUUCCAUCGGGAGAAGAUCUCACUUGUUGCCGACACUUUGGAAGAUUUUGGCAAUGGCGACUGUGGGAAUGAUGAUCUUUCUUACGGACAGCUUGUGAAAUCUCACUCAAAGAAUGGGCAGGUGGGAAACAAGGCCAGUGAGAAGUCUGCGAGCAAAACAUCUGAAUCCGACAAAAUGCCUCAAUCACUCCCAUCAUGGAAAGCUUUCAAGUCAGUGUUGUGGAAAUUUCUCCUGUCGGUUCACAUUUUCAGCGGGGUCAGCCUCGUUUGUUUGCAAAUGGUGGUCUACUCCCCCCAUGCGGAGUUCUCCAAACUGUCAGAGAUGAAGAUGAAGCAAGCAGUCUCUGACCAGCGUCUGCAUUCCACCUGUCUUUGCACCUUUCCUUGGUGCUCCUGGCUGCUACCAGAAGCUUGUGAAGUAUCCUACUUCACUUGCAUCUACGAGGACUUUUUCCCCGGCUACACCAACGUGACCUACAAGAGGUUUGAGGGCAAAGGCGCUUCUGCUCUCAUCGACGUCGCUCCGUCUACCGGCUCUUACACGUGCGUCAACGAGUCGGGCGAUGUUGGAGGAAGUUCUCCCUUGAACGAAGUCGAUCACGUUUUCUUCUACGAAAUCUCCUACUCCCCUCACAACCGCUUUCGCAAGGCGUUUACAGAGGUUCUUGGCAAGGAGCCACCCCCACGAGUCGCUCAUCACCUCUACUCCGACCUCAUGCUGGGCACGUACUUGAGGUCUCGUCGCUUUUCGCUAGCAGCGGAAGCAAGAGGCAUCGCCGAGCCCGGCAUCUUCAACUUCGACCCCCUCGAUCGCAUCUCGGGGCUCUGGUGGAGGAAGAGAGAAGAAAUCGCAAAGGUGAGGGAGUUUGAGGGGGUAGAGGGGGUGAGGCUUCAAUUGCAGUACACCAUCCACUCCUACUGGACGAGGGAGGCGAGGAAGUUGCGAUAG